UUUCCGACGGCCAUACUGUCUUUUUGCCUUGUUGUCUUUCGCUCACAAACCCAAUAUCGUCUUUCCCACGAACAUAGCCAUGGCUAGCGACAUGAGUCCCAUGCAGGAGUUGAUUUUCGUCUUUGUAGCAAAGAGUCACGUGUGGACCCAAAGGAUCUUUCUGGUGUAUGCCAUUGAUACUGGUUGUAUCAUGAACCUCGGACCUGCAAAUUUAUCCAGACAUCAGUUAGCAUCUAGUAGGGAUUCAAAGUAUCACCUUGCUCGAAUGCAUUGUGUACACACCUAAUGAGAACCGCCUUGGGGUAGAGCUUUCUGUCUCUUGCUGUCUGAUAUGUAUGCCAGAGCUACAAGCUGGCGCAGUCGGUCUUGAUCUUUCGGGACCAUAUUCGUCUCAACGUCGGCGACAUAAUGAAAAAAUAUUGUGAGAUAUUUUUAUCUCCUUUAUCAAACUUGUUUUGGCUCAAAUUCUCCGCAUGAUACAGCGAUGAGUCAAUUGUUGUCACUGGCCAUUCGGUUGUUGCGCCCGCAUUAUUUGUGUUCCUCAACCAUUUCUCCUGCCCUUCGUAAGGGGCAUAUGCCACUGCUUCAUCAUAGCCAACCUCGCUGUGCGUUGACUCGCACCGCAUUCAAAUUGAUGGACACCUACGAAGAUUUUGACACACGUCUCCUCUACGAGCCUCUGGAGGGAGUCGAAAGACUUGAAAACUAUCGACCAGGGGGCUAUCACCCCAUUCAAAUCGGAGAUCAAUUUCACGGUCGAUAUCAAGUUGUUCAUAAGCUGGGACAUGGGUCUUAUUCAACUGCGUGGCUGGCCCGUGAUGAACAAUUCAAUAAAUACGUUGCAGUGAAAGUUUGCACUGCAAAUGCAGAUCCAAAGGAAGUGGACAUUGUUUCCAUGCUCACUCGUCCUCAUUGUCCUUCAGUCAACCAUCCAGGGAAAAUGAUGGUCCCUUCGAUUCUAGAUAGGUUCACCAUUCACGGCCCAAAUGGCAAUCAUGCUUGCUACGUCACAGCGCCGGCGAGUGCUAGCCUCUCCGGGGUGAAAGAUGGCUCUUGGAUCCGUUUAUUCCAGCUUGAUGUAGCCCGGUCAUUGGCUGCACAACUCGUUCUUGUUGUGGAUUAUAUACAUGCCCAAGGAAUUGUCCAUGGAGACCUUCACCUCGGCAACAUUCUUCUUAAAGUUCCGCCCAAUUUUGACCAGCUCUCACUGAAACAAUUAUAUGAGAAAUAUGGAGAACCGGAGCUAGACCCAGUUGUUUGUCUAAACGGUAAUCCGCUUCCGCCUGGUGUUCCAUCCCACGGCAUUGCGCCUAUAUGGUUAGGGGAAGCGAGUGAGAGAAUCACACUUUCAGAGACCAGGAUCUUGCUUACAGACUUUGGUGAAGCCUUUUCCCCUUCAAAAGAAGGGAAAUACGAAUCUCGCACCCCCCUUGUCAUCCGACCCCCCGAGGCACGGUUUGAGGCAAAUGAUCCUCUGUCUUUUUCAUCGGACAUUUGGACCCUCGCCUGUACCAUAUGGUCUAUUAUAGCCCAACGAAUUUAUUGUAAAUAUUUUAAAUAA